AUGGGGUCCAAGCAGAUCGCACAGGAAACCUUUGAUGAUGCAGUGCAGGAAAACAUCGCAGAGUUCGAGAUGGACCCGGAGGAGGCUGUGAGAGAAGCUGUGCAGCAGUUUGAGUCUCAAGGUGUGGACCUGAGCAAUAUUGUGAAAGCUGUUCGGUCACCUUCCUCAGAGAAUGGGCAGAGGCAAAAGCACGAGAUUCUCCUGACCCUGGAUUCCCUGGGAAGGGCCGUGGAUGCCUCAGCCCUGGCAGAGCUGCCUGAGCAGCUCCAAACCUUCACGGAGCAGUGCCGGGAGCAGUUAGCCUUCCGCUACCUGGCCGGGCAGAACGGCGCUUACUCCGUGGUGUUCUCUGCCUGCCAGCUGGCUCUGGGAGACAGGAAUUUACUGCUCCAAGCCUUCUCCACCCUGUCUGCCUUGCUGGAUGGGCAGCCAGACCUGCUGGACUCAGCCGGGCAGGAGCUGCUGCUGCAGAUGCUGCGGGAGCGGCGUGAGGACGCGGAGGUGACGCUGGUCGGGAUCCGCUGCGUGCGACACGCGUGUCUGAAGCACGAGCAGAACAGGCAGGACUUUGUCAAGGGAGGGAUUCUGCCCCUCCUCACUGGAGCCAUCAUCCAGCAUGGGGACAGUGCUGACGUGGUCAGGACAGCAGCCUCAGCCCUCAGGGUCAUGACCUUCGAUGAUGACAUCCGUGUGCCCUUCGGUCAUGCCCAUGAUCAUGCUAAAAUGAUUGUGUUGGAAAAUGAUGGGUUGAGAGUCCUCAUUGAAGCUGCAAAAGCCUUCACAGACAACUCCAGUGUCCUCAGUGAGCUCUGCGCCACCCUCUCUCGCCUCUCUGUCAGGAAUGAGUUCUGCCAAGAGAUUGUGGACCUUGGGGGCUUGAAUUUUAUGGUGACUCUCCUGGCUGACUGCAUGGACCACCCGGACGUGGUGAAGCAGGUGCUCAGUGCCAUCCGCGCCGUGGCUGGCAACGACGACGUCAAAGAUGCCAUUGUGGACGCUGGGGGAACUGACCUCAUUGUCCUUGCCAUCAGCCACCACCUGGCCAACCCUCAGAUCUGUGAGCAGGGCUGUGCAGCCUUGUGCGUGUUGGCUCUGCGGAAGCCUGAGAACUGUGGUGUCAUCAUGGAAGGUGGUGGAGCCUUGGCAGCACUGCAGGCCAUGAAAGCUCACCCACGAGAAGUGGCUGUACAGAAACAGGCCUGCAUGCUGAUCCGUAACCUGGUGUCCCGGAGCAGGGACUUCUCCCAGCCCAUCCUGGACAUGGGAGCUGAGAACCUCAUCACAGAAGCUCGUGCAGCUCACCGGGACUGCGACGACGUGGCCAAAGCUGCCCUGAGGGAUCUGGGCUGCAAGGUGGAGCUGAGAGAGCUGUGGACAGGCCAGAAGGGGAGCCUGGCUCAGUGA